GUCAAAUCGAAUUGCAGGUGUUCCCAAUCUACUGGAUGUUAGUAUGUGUUGAUAAGAUUUGCGUCGAACAGCUGCAUUUGGAUCUGCGUGACUGUCGAGUCUUGGUCCAAAUGAAAUAUGUAACGAUGUGUUGAGAUACAAGAUGAUUGCGCUCAAGAACCGGCAGAUGAAAUUACCUAUCAAGAAAAUGCGACAAAUUGUGAUAAUUAUUCUUGUUGUUAUUAUCGUUGCGGUGGUGUACGGCAGUCUGCCUGGCAUCGAUGAUGUACAAAAGAGAAAUUCCAACAGAUACAUAGAAAGGGAAAUUCAGAUGCUGGAAUCUAAAAUCCGAGAUCUUGAAAAAGGGCCUCAACACUGGAAGAAGACUUAUCCUGAGGUGAAGUUCCUGACCUAUAAAGACAGGAAAAGGAUUUUGAUCACAGGCGGCGCUGGCUUUGUGGGGUCUCACCUCGUUGACCAGCUGAUGCUCCAAGGUCAUGAAGUUACCGUUGUUGACAACUUUUUCACUGGCAGAAAGCGGAAUGUUGAACACUGGAUGGGACACGAAAACUUUGAACUACUUCACCAUGACAUCGUCAACCCUUUGUACAUUGAAGAUAGUGUUAGGGUUUUGUACAAGAGAACCCUUCAGUUUAAGAAGUUAUCCCUUUCAUCUAUUUCUCCAGGUCUAGCUAAGAGGGUGCGAGCCCGGCUUCUUCUUGCAUCCACAUCUGAGGUGUACGGAGACCCCGAGGUGCACCCACAGACGGAGGACUACUGGGGCCAUGUGAACCCCAUCGGGCCCAGGGCGUGCUAUGAUGAGGGCAAGAGGGUUGCAGAGACCACAUGUUACGCUUAUGCUAAACAGGAUGGUGUGGAAGUGCGAGUUGCCCGGAUUUUCAACACAUUUGGUCCCCGUAUGCACAUGAAUGAUGGGAGAGUGGUCAGCAACUUUAUACUACAGGCUUUACAGAAUGAAUCCUUGACUGUGUAUGGGCAGGGUACCCAGACUCGGUCUUUCCAAUAUGUAUCCGAUCUCGUGGAUGGGCUCAUUGCUCUCAUGAACAGCAACUACUCCCUCCCCUGCAACCUCGGCAAUGCAGAGGAACACACUAUCAUGGACUUUGCCAAGAUCAUCAAGUCACUUGUCAAAUCCAGCACGAGUAAGAUUAUUACGAAACCAGCAAUGCAGGACGAUCCAAAGCGUGCGUCGCCCAGACAUCACACGAGCCCGGAAAUAUCUCAACUGGCAGCCUGUGGUACCAAUGAUGGUUGGGAUAAACAAGACAAUACAGUACUUUCAAAAUGAGCUCAGACGAUCUCGCCACAGUGAAAGAAAUUUUCAUCCACCCGAGAAGCUCUUGUAAAAAUCAAAUCAACCUGCAAUAAAGACUUGAAGCAUCACAUCUCGAAUAAGCAUCUAACAGCUGGAGGUGGAAAUGAAGAUUUAUCUGAUCAUGUCAGUGAUUUGAGCUGAGAAACAUUUUUAAUUAUUUAUGUCCUGAAAUAGAAUCUGGCAUUAAGUGGCACAACUCGCUGAGCAUGAGGGGGUAGUGGGGUAGCCUAGUGGUUAAGGUGUUCGAGCGUUGGCUCCUCACGCCGAAGACCCAGGUUCGAUUCCCCACAUGGGUACAAUGUGUGAAGCUCAUUUCUGGUGUCCCCUGCCGUGAUAUUACUGGAAUAUUGCUAAAAGCAGCGUGAAACCAAACUCACUCACUGAGCAUGAGUUCCUUGGGUGUCAAGCUUUUCUGGCUUAAGAUGGUUAUGAUCCUUCGACAUCGAUGACAGAUUCUGAGCUGUUUCCACCUUGUGUUAUGGAUAUCGAAGAUAAGAAGCCAUUUUCACACUAUCAUAACAGACUACAUAUUCAGUGUACUACCCAGAUUCUGUUAGUUUAUCCAAGUGCAUAAUUACAAAGUAUUUAUGGACUUUAGAAGUUAAUUAUCAUCAGUUCAAGUUAUCUUUUAACCAAGACUGACUGGUUUAAAAACCAUUUAGUCCUUGCAUUCAAUGACAAUCAGUUUCCAGUUGUAAUAUAUGCAUAUAUUGGUAUUUUACCUUCUGUUUACAUAAAUAUCAGACCUAACAAUGAAUGAAAGCCUAACCAAUGAACACUAAAACACCAACUUAAGACUUCUUCAAAACACAAAUUUAGCACACUGGACUAAUUUAGUGUAGACUUUUAGCAUACUAAAACACUGACUAAUUUAGCACACUAAAACACUGACUAAUUUAGCACACUAAAACACUGACUAAUUUAGCACACUAAAACACUGACUAAUUUAGCACACUAAAACACUGACUAAUUUAGCACACUAAAACACUGACUAAUUUAGCACACUAAAACACUGACUAAUUUAGCACACUAAAACACUGACUAAUUUAGCUUACUAAAACACUGACUAAUUUAGCACACUAAAACACUGACUAAUUUAGCAUACUAAAACACUGACUAAUUUAGCACACUAAAACACUGACUAAUUUAGCACACUAAAACAAACAAUGAGUGUCUAUUUCAUUUCUAUGGUUUUGAAAACAUAAGUUUUUGUUUUCUUUGUUAGGCCUGUGAAUAUUAAGUGUCUUUUGAAAUAUACCUUGAAAGUUCACUAGCCUGAAUUGUGAUAACACAUAGAAAGGUAUCCUCCCAAAACUUCCACAUCCCAAAACUUCCACAGCUUAUAACAACAACAUUUCUGGUUGACUGCACACACUUUAGCAUACUGAUUACCUCAGUCUGUAAUGGUUUAACCCAUUAAUCAGUAAUGAAUACAAACAAUCACUUCGUAAUAAAUUAUUACCUGAUAAGGGGUGAUGAGGAGUUGUUGUUUUAACAAUGUGUGGUAGGAUUGGGAUGUGGAAGUUUUGGUAUAUAACCUGUAGAAACAUCCCCAAACGCUAGUCCUUUAGAUACCCAUUACAUUGUGGAAACUGUUUCUGAUUAGUGCUAAUAAGUAUCUCUAGUUUUUCUCAAGUUUUUUAACAUUCAGGGGGCACAAUUUAUUCCUUAUUACCAUUCCAUGACUUCUAGUGAAUAGCAGUUUAGACACCUAAGUCACUGUACAGAGUUGUGGUCCUUAGAUGUUCAAGGAUCUGCUACAUGCUGUUUUGCCCAAUUCCGUUCAGUACAUGAUGCUGGCACUUAAGUGUUUCCUCUUGCAUAGCGUUGACAGUAACACUUUGAUAUAAUGCCAGCUGUCAUCUCUACUAUCAAUAUGAUUUGUUUUUAACAGCAUUGACAUCAGUGUAUAUUGUGUACGCUGACAUGAACUUAUUCAUGAACAUUAAAGGGCUCUUGUCAAAAGCCAGUGUAGCUGAAUGGUUAAGUUGGAAUAAUAUUAAAAUAACAUUAUGUAUCUAUGGACACCCUAGCAGAGGUGCCAACCCUAAUUGAGCCCAAUUAGUAUUUUGGCCAAAACAGAUGCAAAAAUUAGUAUUUUUGGGGCCAAAAUUAGUAUUAACUUUUCCAAA